AUGGGAAUUCGAUCGAGAUUAAGAGCGCUGUCAAGCAGUGGACGACGCUCACCAUCCCCUCACCCACCAUCUCAAACACCAUCCCAACCGCCACCACCAGCACAAACCUUCGGACCUCUCCCAGCCAAUCUCCCGGAACCCAUAAUCCUCACAGUCAGCUCACCACUACCAUCAAUCACAAUCCUCACCCAAGCCAUCGACUCCAAACCUGUUUUCCAGAUCGACGAAUCUUCGACACGCUUCGUCACUCAUAUCCCAACCAAUCAACCACUAGGCUCUGUCAUUGCCGGAGCAGACAACAACCUAACGAUCAACCACCCCGCAACAAGCACAGCGAUAACAUACAAAGAUGAUUUGAGACCUCCCCCAUGGUUCCAGGGAUUGUACGGCAACGCCGUUUACUGGAAUAUCCCCGCCUGCAACGAAUGGCAAGCUACCAUACACUGCGAGAUCGUUGAUGGAAUCGACCAUCCAAACGAUGAAGAAGAUCUUGCUAUGGCUGUCAUUCUUGACAGUAAAUUAAGGAAAGGUCGGAUCGAGAUCAGGAAGCAAAUGACUAAAUACGAAAUGGACUUCUUACUUCUCACUGCGUUGGCGGAGAUUGAAGAUCUGAAAAAGAAGAUGGCUGCGAUAGUAACUCAAGCGGCUGCUGCACCUGGACGUUCUGGAGGCGGCAAGGUGUCGGCUGGUCAAUAUCUGAGUGUCAUGAACAAUGCGAUGCAUUUUGCAAAUCAAGCUGCGCAUGCAGGAGGGUAUGGUGGAGACUCUGGAGAAGGCUAUUCUGGUGAUUCAGGAGGUGGAGGAGGUGGUGGUGGAGACGGAGGUGGAGGAGGCGGAGGAGGAUUCUAGACUUGAAGGACAGACUAGAUUUCUUUGGAUAUUAAAUCAAAAAGCCUGGUUUGUGGAAAACGGAUUCCAAUAUCGUUAGCACAACCGGCUUCCGCACUUUUGUUGACAGAGAAUCCUCGUUACACAGGACCACAUAACUUGACCUCGCUUCGCUCUAGCGUUCUCGCAGACAUCAGCUUCUCAAC